AUGCCGUGCACGAAAGCAAAACUACAGGUCAAGUGCUCGGGAGAAGUCACCGGCUGCCAGAGGUGCCAGGGGACCGGUACCACAUGUGUCUUUCCGGAGCGAACCAAGCGUGGCACCAAGAGGCACAAGAACUCGGCGCCAUCUGACAGUCAAGACGGCUGUCGCAAGGGCAUCGUCGCGGGCAGUGAGACGAGGUGUGGAAACGGGGAGAGUAGCAGCAGUAGAGGUAGCAGCAGCAGCAGCAGCAGCAGCAGCUCUGUCUCGUCUGUGUCUGCCCGCGACUCCUCGCAUCCCUUUGCUCCCGUUGUCUCAACAUCAGAGUUCUCGCCGACUCUGGACUUUGGGGCGUCUGACUUUUCAUUACACUGCGCUACUCUGGGGGAUCACUUUGCUCUCGACCUUGACCAGCUGAGCUCGACACUCGAUCUCGGCAGCUUGCAUUCGAGCAGCAGCAGCAUGUCGCCCUCACAGAGCUAUCCGUUCUGUGUAGCACCACGGCAAACCCCAAGAAGAAGCACAGAAGGCCCAUGUCCAGGCGACAGCAGCCCCUCGACGAACGACGGAGAGCUCUGCACCUGCGCGCAGUCGGCGCUGCACAUGCUCGAAGAGCUCGAGCUCCAGUACCACACCAAGCUCGACGUCUCCGGCGACGGCGUCCUCGGCUACCAGAAGAUUGCCCUGGCGCGCCUCAACUCCUGGCUCGCUUGCGACCACAGCCAGACGCCGCGGGCCACGACCAAGCUGAUUGUGCUCGUCGUAGAGGGCCUCUCGCUGUAUCUGGAGAGGGGCGUGGCGGGGUGCGUCGGCCAGAUGCGACAGGAGCUGGACGACAAGGAUGACGACGACGACGACGACGGGGGCCCUCUGGCGGCGAGGCUGUGCAGCGUGGGGGACUAUCACGUCGAGUCGAAGCACGAGUGGGCGCAUAUCCUGCGGGUGUCGCUGCUAGUGCGGUGCAGGGAGCUGCUGGCCGCGGUGACACGGCUGAGGAAGCACGGCGUCAAUGACGUGCUUCUGCCGGGGGUUGAGCAGAGGCUGGGAGGCAUCAUACAGGAGCUGAAGGGCUGGGAGGAUUAUCUGUGAACGG